AUUAGUGAGAGCUGUGACUUGUUAGCCAAGUGAAAUAGAGUAAAGGUCUCUCUCUCUUCUCUCUCUCUCUCUCUCUAGUUCAAUCACAGCUUAAAGUGCUAUAACUUAUACCUACCAGAAGAACAAACUCUAUUCUCUUUUCUUCUUUUCCUUGUAAAAAAAAAGUUGCAAUCUUUUGGAAAAGAAGGAAUGUCGAUCCCAGUUAAUUCUUCAGACUUGGUUUAGUAUAAUUAAAUUUAUUACAGAGAGAGAGAAGGAGAGAGAGGCAUCAGACCAAGUGGUAGAUUUAGUGUGUGUUGUGAGAUAGAAACAGAGUGAGUGAGUGAGUGAGUUGGAGUGAUGGGUGGGGUGACUUCAUCUAUGGCGGCCAAGUUCGCCUUUUUUCCACCGAACCCACCUUCUUACAAGUUGGUCACCGAUGACCGUACUGGUCUCUUGCUUCUGAGUCCUUUUCCUCACCGUGAAAACGUUGAGGUUCUCAAAUUGCCCACUCGCCGUGGCACUGAGAUAGUCGCCAUCUACAUUCGUCACCCCAUGGCCACCUCAACUCUGCUCUACUCCCAUGGCAACGCCGCCGAUCUGGGUCAGAUGUAUGAGCUCUUCAUCGAAUUAAGCAUCCAUUUGAGAGUUAAUCUCAUGGGGUACGACUAUUCUGGAUAUGGGCAAUCAUCCGGCAAGCCAAGUGAACAGAAUACAUAUGCUGAUAUUGAAGCUGCAUACAAGUGCCUUGAAGAAAGCUAUGGUACUAGGCAGGAAGAUGUCAUCCUCUACGGCCAGUCUGUUGGAAGUGGCCCAACUUUGGACCUUGCAGCUAGGCUGCCUCAGUUAAGAGCUGUUGUUCUUCACAGUCCUAUACUAUCUGGUUUAAGAGUCAUGUAUCCUGUAAAGCGUACAUACUGGUUUGACAUAUAUAAGAAUAUUGACAAAAUCCCACUUGUUAACUGCCCUGUUCUUAUCAUUCAUGGCACCUCAGAUGAAGUUGUUGAUUGUUCCCAUGGCAAGCAACUCUGGGAAUUGUGUAAAGAAAAAUAUGAACCGCUAUGGCUCAAGGGGGGAAACCAUUGUAAUUUAGAGCAAUAUCCUGAGUAUAUCAGGCAUCUCAAAAAGUUUAUAUCAACUGUUGAGAAGUCUCCUUCUCAGAGAUACAGUUCUAGGAGAAGCACAGACCAGUAUGAGCAGCCUCGGAAGAGUACAGAUAUUUUAUUUGAAGUUUCAAGGAAGAGUACUGAUCGAAGAGAAAAACCAAGGCAUAGUACAGACAGGGCUGAGAAACUGAAAAACCAAUUCAGCAAUGUUGAUAAACUAGAAAAAUUAAGGAUUUCUUUUGACCAUAUGGAAAGGUCUCGGAGAAGUGUGGAUUGCCAUGAGAAGUCCCGGAAAAGUAUUGACCACCAAUUGGAGAGAGGAAGAAAGAGCGUUGAUCGCUUGGAUAGAAUAAGAACAGGGUAAUAAUUCUUCUUAUAAUAAGUAUGUAUAAUUCAAAUCAAAUCUCAGCUUUGGUGUUGUGGGAAAAUUAUUUUGGUCUUUCUUUCAUCUGAUGAUGUAUGGUCUUCCUGCUGUGUAAUUUGGCUUGUGGCAGUUAUAUAAUAACACUAUGGUAUGGAAUGAGAAAGUUUGAUAUUAUAAUGA